AUGAGUUCCCAGGCUCAUCAAAAUACCGCAUCUGAUUCCAGCCAGCCCCCUUCUGGCCAAUCUGGACAGUCCUCUCAUGAUGGCGGCUGUGCUAUGUUUGUGAAUGGAAUUUCCCCAAUGCCUCCUGGUAACAAUCGGGAUGGUAACGGCCCAGCCAUAACUCCUUUCUUUGGUCCGCUGAACUUCCAGAACCAGCGUCCUGGGUCCAAAUUUAACACUGUCAAGAACCACAUGCCGGUACCAGUGCCUUCUGCUCAACGUGCUGCGUACAACAGCCCCCUUGUUCUCCUGCCCAAUGGGCCAAUGUUCAAUGGUGUGGGCUCUGUCUCCCCGUUUACCUCGCCCCCUAUGGCCACGCCCGAACAGCUAGGACACAUGCCAUACAUGCCAACCAACAUCUACCCGAACAUAAACCCGGCCUAUCCCAUUGUCCCGACGAUGCAGGGUUAUCCUUUUCCGUACGUCAUGAACUGUGAUAUGCAGGACAUGACGGGACAGAAGAGAGCCCCCUGGACCGGAAGUGAAGAACAGAAGGCGACUGCUAGCUCGUCUGCCGAUAAUAGCAACCAGUCUGACUAUUACUCUGGCAGCACCAACCCUACAUCGGAGGGUACGAAUAUCCAAGCCUUCCCCUUCAAUCCACUGCCUCAAAUGGCUCCAAAUUGUGCGCCAUUCCAGAUGAUGAAAACUCCCACUGGCUACAUUCUUCAGGAUCUCGAGUGUUUGACUCAGCAGGACCCCCCUAUUCCACGAGCCGUGCCAGCAAUGUGGACCAACUCGUCGGAGAUGACACUUGCUAAGUGUCUUGAGAAUCGAGAGGGUAUUACCAAUGUUUACAUCCGAGGCUUUCUGCCAGAGACAACCGACGAAGUCCUGCAUGCGUACGCUUCUCGUUUCGGGAAAAUCGACCGCUGCAAGGCGAUUGUAGAUUUGGAUACCGGCCUUUGCAAAGGAUUUGGCUUUGUUCAGUACUACAACUUUGAAUCCUGUGAGAACUGUAUUAGGGGGUUCUUUUAUCUUGGCUACCAGGCUAGCUUUGCCCAGAAAUCUCGCAACUCACGUCUCAAGGAUCUCGAGGACAAAACCUCGACUAACAUCUACUGCACAAAUCUUCCGAUUGAGUGGACUGAGGCGGACCUUCGUCAUCAUUUUGAACCGUACCGUGUUGUCUCCGAGAAAAUCAGCCGUGACGAGAAAACUGGAGUAAGCAAGGAAGUUGGUUUUGCUCGAUUUGAGACCCGUGAAAUUGCUGAGAAGGUUCUGGCUGAAUUUCAUAACGUUGUAGGACAAGAUGGUGUUAAGCUUCUCCUCCGUUUCGCCGACACGAAGGCUCAGAAGUUGCUCAAGCAACAAAGCAACGAACGUCGCGCCUACAGAGCCGGCGAGUACAAUUAUUCUGUUGAGGUCGUCCAGGGCUCUACUCCGUCGCCUUCCCUUCAUCGUCUCCAGCAGGCGGCAUCGCACUUGAGUCCUGCCUCUCAGCACAGCUAUGUGUCUCCCGUCGGAGUAGGUUCCACCUGGACUCCUGCAACAUCUAUUUCCCCGUCGUAUCCCCUGGGGAAAAAUCCAGUGAACAGCAUGCGGUUUAACUCCUUAUCUUCCAGGAAUAGCCCGGGGAACUUGGACAACACUCCUAUUCAUCGUGGAAGAUUGUCGGCGAACCGAAACACUUGGAUGAGCAAUACUGCGGCUGGUCCAAAGUCCACUCUUCCUAUUACGCCUCGUGGUAGCCAUCAUUCCGGACCAGGCAGCCCUCAGAAAGAAAACAUCAAAGCGGAAUCCCUGUCGCCCAUUUCUUCACGCCGCGAGAUUGUGGCUAGUUCCCCACGCUCGGUCGUUUAA